AUGAGCCAGGUCGAGGGUCCGAAGCCCUCUCCCCUCCAGAUCUACUCUCCGCCCCGGGCCCAGGGCCGCGUGCAGAGCUCGGCGCCCGGCCCUGCCCCCUGCCCGGGCCCGUCCCCACUUUCUUGCCUGCUCCGCCUCUUGCCCACCCUCCGCCCCGCCCCUGCCGCGGUCGGUCCUCGCGUCCCAGGCCCGUCGUCCCGCCCCCUGACCAGCCCCGCCCCCGCCCGCCCCGCCCCCGCCCCCCGCCACCGGCCUGGCCCCCGCGGCGGCCAGAGCUCCGCUGGCCGUGCGGGUGCACCGCGGCUGAGCUCGCAGCAUCCCGCUGCACAGACGUCCGGCUCGCGGAGCAUGGCGCCGAGGUGGCCUUGGCUGCGGCCGCGGCGGCGUCGCCUCCUGGAUUUGCUCGCCCACCUGGUCCUGCUGCUUGGAGUCAGAGCAGCGUCCGCCGAGCCGGCCCAGUCCGUCUCGGCUUCGGUCCUGGGAGGCUGUCCCGGUUCUGCCGACGCGUGCAGUUGGCCAGCGGGCGGCGACUGGAGGGGGCCCGGGUCGGGCCGGGGUCAUCCUCGUAUCGUGACCAAACUUCGGCGACUCUGCGGGGAAGUUGGUGCGCUCGGCGGACAGAGCUGCGGCAGAGGGCCCCGAGGGAUCGGCCGAGGUCGUGGUAGCGGCCGUUACAUGCGCGGUGGCUCGGAGACGCCCGGGCAUCCGACGCCCGACCCAGGCCUGUGUAGCCGUCACCGGCCUAGUACCUCCCAGCGCCUGGGCGGCUGCAGCUGGUCGUACCUCUGGGACCCGGCGUUACAGCGCGGAGUCAGUCUGGUCCCCGGGGAGGACGGCGCGGUGCGGAGCGCAGCCGUGUGGUUUCCAACCUGUUGA